AUGGGUUGGUUUGACGGCGGAUCAGAAAUUGGAGGCUCCCGCCACCACCACGACAAACACAAUUCGCAUCACAAUAGCAGUAGCAGACACCAGUCUUCUGGCUCGAUUUUUGGGAGCGGGGACCAUAAACACAAUUCCUCUCGCUCGUCCUUUUUCGGUGGAGAUCCAAAACGGAACUCUUCACGCUCUUCUUUCUUUGGAUUCGGCGGCAGUGGCGGCGGACAUCGAUCGUCCUCUUAUUACAAACGCUCACCCCGAGGCGGAUUUGUCAAGCGCGUCUACUCGCGGUUGCGCCGCCUCCUGCGCGACUUGCUCUACUACAUGAAACGCAAUCCCAUAAAGGUCUUCGUCUUGGUUAUCAUGCCGCUUGUCACGGGGGGCGCUCUGAGCGGGCUGCUGGGCAGAUUUGGGAUCCGACUCCCUGGUGGGCUGGAUAAGAUGUUUGGUGGUGGGGCAGGCAUUGGGCGCGGACGAGAGGGGGGAAUGCAAUUCGAGAGAAGCAGCUAUAGAAGCGAAGGUCCUCUUGGUGGCAUGGGCGGCAUUGGGAGUGCCAUGGGAGGACUUGGUGGUCUCGGAGGUGCGAUGAGCUUGGCGAAGAUGUUUAUGUGA